AUGACCAUCGUACAACGUCGCUAUCCCACUCCCCAAUCUUGCAAUGGACACGUUGAAAGAUACAGAGAUAACGCACCAGAUCAUAAGGUUCCCAGGCAAACAAGAGACGUGGAAAUCGCCAGUCUUCUCUCAAAGAUUGAGUCAAAGCCCAACUUCAAUCCACAUCUAGAUUUUGAUCCAUCGGUUCAUCUAGUAUUUGAUCCGGAAUAUUUUAAAAAAACAUUAUCUUUGGACGAUCUAAAGAUAAAAAAGACCCAUGUGCCUAGGGUAUCAAACUUUGGUGCAGCACUACCAUUCCCGCUGUUAUCCGAAGAGGCGGUGGACAUGAUACUCUACGAAGCAUUCCAAGACGAGGUCAUUGAUGACUUUGCCAGACUGCCCAAUUUGGCAGUCAACUCAACAAGGCUGGACUUCCAUAUCGGAGGACAUGCAAGAGAUCAUGCUCCAUUCACCAAGGCCGUUGUAGAAUCUCCACAGAUUUCCAACAUUGUGUCGGAGUUUGCAGGUCUGUCAAUGUCCCCCAUUUACAAUUCAGAGACGGCGCAUUUGAAUGUCAGUUUGGCAACUCAAGAUCCAACAGAACAGUUGGAUUUCCCCUCAACAAGGGAGCAAGUUGAAGCCAAGUUGAAGGAACAAGAUCUAGGUGAUGCCUCACAGAUCCCCUCAAGUUUGGGAUUACAUUAUGACUCAACCACUCUUGCUUUGGUAAUUAUGCUAGAAUUACCGGAAGAUGCUAUUGGCGGUCAAACCACCAUUGUCACCGGUGAUGAGGAAACAGUUCGUAUUCCCGAGCCUAAGAUUGGUUAUGCAACGCUAAUCCAAGGAAGAAUUUUAAAGCAUUUGGCUAGCAAACCAGUUACAAACCACAACAGAAUAACUUUUGUCAAUGGCUAUGCUGUCACCGGCCCCGAUAUGUUGGACAAUACUGCAUUGACAUCGACAAAACCGUCUGUUUUACCAAGGGCCCGAUUUGACCUGUUCUACAGAGACUGGGUCGAAUACAGGUUCUCCAAAUUAGAAGCCCAUCUAGCGUACUUGAAAAAAAAGGUUGUUGAAGAUUAUCAUGCAGGAAGGGGAUUCAACGAUGCAGUCUUUGUAGAGAAAUGCCUAGACAUUGAGAGGUAUGUUCGUCAAACUUACGAUGAAAUGGAGUGCGUCAAUAACCCACCUUAUCCGCCACCUCUAUUCAAUACUCCUUAUAACGAUCUCCCUUGA